AUGACCCGCAUGGGGCCCUGGGGCUUUUGGGAUGCCCCCAUCUUGUUGUUGCCCAUUGCCUUUCUGGUGGCGAUGGUCUUGAAACCCAAGCCUAUGCCAACUGCAAAGAGCCUCUGGUGUGCGGCAGUCAUCCUGUUUGUGCUGAAGCUGUGGUAUCUCCAGGCGGCCCCCCUCGAGGCCUGCGCCUGCUUCAUCAAAGGCUGCUUGCAGGCGCUGACGCCUUGCAGCAUCGUGGCAGGAGCCAUCUUCCUGUUCGACUGCAUGGAGUCCGCGCAUUGCCUUGCAUGGAUGAAGGUACAGUUGCGGGUUAUCACAGAUAGCCACCCGGUGGCCGAAGUGAUGCUCAUCGGCUUCUGCUUUGCUUUCGUGGUGGAAGGAGCCUCCGGCUUCGGCACUCCUGCAGCCCUCGCGGCACCAAUGCUCUACUCCAUGGGGCACCCGAAGAUGGAGUGUGUUGUGUGCCUCCUUACUUUCAACACCUUCAUGACGAUCUUCGGCGCAGUGGGCACGCCCGUGUGGUUUGGCAUCGGAGAGGUCCUGCCCGACUUCGGCGACGAGAACUUGAUGGCGGUGGGCUUUCGUGCAGCUGUCGCCCUGAGCACUUGCGCUAUCAUCUUGGUUCCCUACGUAGUCCAGAUCAUUGUGCCCUGGUCAGAGCUGCGGCCGAGCCUGUUGUACGUGAUGCUGAGCACUGCGAGUGUCGUUGUGCCCUUCAUCGGACUGUCUGUCUUCAACUACGAGUUUCCGAGCUUGGCCGCUGGAAUCCUGGGGCUAUGUUUGACCACCAUCUUCACGCUCCGGGGCAUUGGCCUCGGUCCCCAUCAACGCCACGUGGAGCAGACCAGCUCGAAGGACCAGGGGCGUGUUCCUUUUCAAGAAAUCACCGGACUUAGGAAGGUGUGA